UCUUCGUCCCUCACUUCCUCGCAUAUCACAGAGGGAAACUUAGCUGUGGCAUGAGCACAAUCUCUGCACUUUCUCUCUCCUGAGAUCUCUCUUUCUCUAUUAGAGUUUCAUCGCUCGGCCCGCAAUUCCAAUUCGAAGAAGAUCUCCGCACCCGACUGCGCGCGCGCGCGUCAGUGGAUUCGCUCCUCUGUGAUCUUUGCUUGGAUCUCUAGGGCUGCUCAUUUUUCCAAAUCUCCGAUUGGUUUCUUCAAUCUAAGUAGCUUCCCUUUCAUCUGUGAAUAUGCCUCUGAGGUUGGAAAUCAAGAGAAAAGUUGCUCAAAGAUCGGAAAGAGUAAAGUCGGUGGAUCUGCAUCCAACCGAGCCAUGGAUACUAGCGAGUUUGUAUUCUGGGACUGUUUGCAUCUGGAACUACCAAACACAGGCAAUGGCAAAAUCUUUUGAAGUGACUGAGUUACCAGUUAGGUCAGCAAAGUUCAUUGCACGCAAGCAGUGGGUUGUUGCUGGUGCUGAUGACAUGUUUAUUCGGGUGUACAAUUACAACACCAUGGAUAAGGUUAAAGUCUUUGAAGCUCACACAGAUUAUAUCAGGUGUGUUGCUGUUCAUCCUACUCUUCCUUAUGUGCUGUCAUCAUCUGAUGACAUGCUGAUAAAGCUCUGGGAUUGGGAGAAAGGAUGGGUGUGCACUCAAAUUUUUGAGGGCCAUUCCCAUUAUGUGAUGCAAGUGACAUUUAAUCCAAAAGAUACCAACACUUUUGCUAGUGCAUCUCUUGAUCGAACUAUAAAGAUUUGGAAUCUUGGCUCACCUGAUCCAAACUUCACGCUGGAUGCCCAUCUGAAAGGUGUGAAUUGUGUAGAUUAUUUCACAGGUGGUGAUAAACCUUACUUAAUCACUGGGUCUGAUGAUCACACUGCAAAGGUGUGGGACUACCAGACGAAAAGUUGUGUGCAAACUCUAGAAGGGCACACACAUAAUGUCUCUGCUGUGUGUUUUCAUCCUGAACUGCCUAUUAUAAUCACGGGUUCUGAAGAUGGUACUGUUCGCAUAUGGCAUGCAACAACUUAUAGACUUGAAAACACUUUGAAUUAUGGCCUUGAGCGGGUCUGGGCAGUUGGUUACAUGAAAGCUUCAAGAAGGAUUGUGAUUGGUUAUGAUGAGGGAACCAUUAUGGUCAAAAUAGGUCGUGAAGUGCCUGUUGCUAGUAUGGAUAACAGUGGGAAAAUCAUAUGGGCAAAGCACAAUGAGAUCCAAACAGUUAAUAUAAAGAGUGUGGGAUCAGAUUAUGAGGCUACUGAUGGAGAAAGGUUGCCAUUGGCUGUCAAGGAAUUGGGAACAUGUGACCUCUACCCACAGAACUUAAAACAUAAUCCCAAUGGAAGGUUUGUUGUUGUUUGCGGAGAUGGUGAAUACAUUAUAUAUACAGCUCUGGCCUGGAGAAACAGGUCAUUUGGAUCUGCACUCGAAUUUGCUUGGUCAUCAGAUGGGGAAUAUGCUGUGAGGGAAAGUACAUCAAAAAUUAAGAUCUUCAGUAAAAAUUUCCAGGAGAAGAAAAGCAUCCGUCCGACUUUCUCUGCUGAGCGCAUAUAUGGGGGUACUUUAUUGGCAAUGUGCUCAAAUGAUUUUAUUUGCUUCUAUGAUUGGGCUGACUGCCGGUUGAUAAGGCGGAUUGAUGUUAAUGUCAAAAACCUCUACUGGGCUGACAGUGGUGAUCUAGUGACAAUUGCAAGUGACACAUCAUUUUACAUUCUUAAGUAUAAUCGUGAUGUUGUAUCUGCACAUUUAGAAAAUGGAAGAUCAGCUGAUGAACAAGGUGUAGAAGAAGCUUUUGAACUUCUUUAUGAGAUCAGUGAACGGGUUCGGACUGGAUUAUGGGUUGGGGAUUGUUUCAUUUACAAUAAUUCUUCCUGGAGACUCAAUUAUUGUGUUGGCGGUGAGGUGACCACAAUGUUCCAUUUAGACCGCCCAAUGUACCUGCUCGGUUAUCUUGCAAACCUAAGCAGGGUGUAUCUUAUUGACAAAGAGUUCAAUGUUGUUGGAUACACUUUACUGCUUAGCUUGAUUGAGUACAAGACACUUGUAAUGCGUGGUGAUCUGGAGCGAGCGAAUGAGGUCUUACCAUCGAUUCCCAAGGAGCACCACAAUAGUGUGGCCCGUUUCUUGGAAUCACGAGGAAUGGUAGAAGAAGCAUUGGAAGUUGCUACAGACCCUGACUACAAAUUUGAACUGGCAAUACAGCUUGGAAGACUAGAGAUUGCAAAGGAAAUUGCUGUAGUAGCACAGAGUGAAUCCAAAUGGAAGCAGUUGGGGGAACUUGCUAUGUCUACCGGAAUGUUGGAGUUGGCAGAGCAAUGUUUGAAACAUGCAAAUGACCUGAGUGGCCUGUUGCUGCUGUAUUCUUCUUUAGGAGACGCUGAUGGAAUAACUGGAUUGGCUUCUAUUGCCAAGGAGCAUGGGAAGAAUAAUGUUUCAUUCCUUUGCCUAUUUCUGCUGGGUAAAGUGGAUGAGUGCAUUCAGCUGUUGAUUGACAGUGGCCGUAUACCUGAAGCAGCAUUUAUGGCACGAUCAUAUUUACCCAGUAAAGUCUCUGAAAUAGUUUCCAUUUGGAGAAAGGACCUUAACAAGGUCAACCAGAAAGCUGCUGAGGCUUUGGCUGAUCCUCAAGAAUAUCCGAACUUGUUUGAGGAUUGGCAAGUUGCACUUGCUGUUGAAUCUAGCGUUGCAGAGACCAGUCACUUGCUCUGCAGAGGUAUCUACCCACCAGCAGCCGAAUAUUUAAAUCAUGCUGAUAGAUCUGCAGUCAACCUUGUGGAGGCUUUCAGGAAUAUGAGGAUGGAUGAAGAGGAACCCCUUGAAAAUGGAGAAUUGGAUCAUGAGGCUGCAGUACAGAAUGAAGGCGAGGGACAGCAGCCGGAGCAAGAUGAUAUUCAACCAGAGGGGCAUGAAGAUGGCCAAGAAGAGGCUGUUGUGGUGGAUGCUGAAUCAACAGAUGGUGUGCUUGUUAAUGGAAACGAUGCUGAUGAAGAGUGGGGUAUGAAUAAUGAAGGAAAACAGUCAGCUUAAAAGCAAUUGGUUGGGCUGGUGUGAAAAUCGUAGUUUUGUCGCUGUGCUUACACAUCCCUGAUUCCAGUCAAUGCAAUCGGUUCCAGCUGUAUGUAAUUCAUUCUUAAGACUCUCCGUCAAUCGUCUUGAAAAGGUAAAGGUGAAGAGGAACCGGGUGUUUGCUUGGCUUGGCUGUGGUGUGAUUUUGUAGCAAUGAGUUUUUUCAACAUUCAGUAGACGACAUUUGUUUGAGCUUCAGUUAUUAAAUACUGUGUAGCUUAGAUGCCCCCCCAUAGUUGUCUUAAUUAAUACAGUAUGAUAUUCUUUGAAAUUCUUAAAUGCCAUUGUGAAUGUAGAAGUAUUAUGUUAUAUGAAAAGUGCGGAUAGGGUGGAUCAUUUUAACCUUUAUUA